AUGCCUGUGAGGGAGCUGCUGGUGGUGGCAGUGGCACUGGUGACUCUUGUUGCUGCUGGUGGGGAAGACCUGAACAAAGAGAAUGGCCUGAGAAAGCCAGUGUGUGGACACAUGAUCGAGCUGCAGGCCUGCCCCCUCCUGUACUUGCCUGUCUGUGGGACUGACGGGAACACCUACUCCAAUGAAUGUCUGCUCUGUAUGCAGCAAAUGAAAACCAGGCAAGACAUCCGGAUUUUGAAAGAUGGGGAGUGUCAAGCUGUCUGA